AUGACUUCCAUCCUUUCAUCUAAUUUGACUUUGGCCCAAAUUUGGAUUGCAGCUAAUUUAGAUAAAAAAAUAAAUAGAACUCAAUCGUUACAAACAGAUAUUAUAUCCUCAACAAAAGAAAUCGCACGCAUUGCCACGUCAACUACCAAUGCUUCUGCCGAAGAAACACCGAUUGAAACGAUAGGCUUACGAGUUUCCGGCCAAUUGCUGUACGGUGUUGUUCGUAUAUAUUCUAAUAAAACAAAAUAUCUACUAAAUGACAUUUCAGAAACGCUAAUUAAAUUGAAAAGCGCCUUUAGAUCAAAUGCUUUCCAUGUAACUACACCGGCAGGACAAACAAUGGUUUCCAAUGUUACCAAUUUAAUUUUACAGGAUACUGUCACCGAAGGUGAAUUAUUUUAUCAAGAGCCCCUAAGCUUUCUAGACAACCAAGAGUUGCCUAUUGAUAUUCUGCAUAACAGUAGAAACCCUCGAAGAGAUAUACAGGGUGCGGAAGCGUCUGCACCUUCGGCUUUAAGGAGCAUAGGUUCUAUGAACCAAAGCAUGCACAAUAAUAGACAUAAUACUAUGAUGAUGGAAAUGGAUGAUCUGGAUGAUUUUGACGAAUCUUUGGAAUUUGCUAGAGGUGAUUUGAACGUCAAUAUUAUUAAAGACAGAAAUGAUAAAAAUAGCUAUGAUGACGAUGAAUUGAGAUCAGAUGGUGGUUUUGAUUUAGACUUUGAAAUUUCUGGCAAUAAUGGGAACGAAGAUAUGGAUCAAGAUGUCCCCAAUACACCACGUGGCUCAGAAACAAACGGGGAAAUAAUUACAGACGAGCAAGAUCAAUCGAUGGAGGUCGGUAGACCUCUUGAACAAGGCGAGGUGGACAUAGCCGAGAACCCAUUUUUGGAUAUGGAUUUGGGGUUAAAUGAUGAGAUCGAAGAUGACGGGAAAGAUCGUGUUGACAAUCCACAUAGAAACAGACCUGUUAAAAACUCUGCCUUAAAAAAUACCAAGCUUGUUCUGGAAGAUGAUGAUAUUGAAAUGCGGGGAAGAAAUAAUGAGGAAGAGCUUGGCAGGGACAAUACUGUAUUAGAAACACCACCAACCUCGCCACAAAAAAGGGGCGAUCAACCUAAAUCUACAAAGAGAAACAUUGAGAAGUUGCUUGAACAAAGUGCGGCCUACUUACCUGACGUUGUUUUCAUGAAUCUGGUUUCUUAUCAAGCAAUUAAAAGGCAAAAAAUUGAUGGGGAUCACCAAGUUUCUAAUGAAAAUGUAUCAAUAUAUGACGCACCGCCUUCACCAGAAUACGAACACGACUAUGCCAAUGUUUCUGCUCCAGAUUUCGAUAUUUCUUUAAAUUUAGAUGAUGGUGAAAGCGACCAUCGUGGGGAUAUUACUCACGAUGAACUUGGCACGGGUAUAGAUAACGAUGACGGCGAGGGGACUGAAACGGGUGGGUCAGAAUCGUCGCAGACACAAAAAGUGAUGCAAAAAAAUGGCGAAAUGGUAUCUAAAUCUACAGUAGAAUUAGCAACUAUUUUGAGAGAUAAGCUUAUGGACACCAACUCAUUAACCUUUACUGAAUUCUUGGAAAUAAGUCAACCAUUACAAGCACACAAUGAGAAAGAAAAAGAAGAAAAAGAAGAAGAAGAAGAAGAAGAAGAAGAAGAAGUAAAAUUAAAUAAAUCAGAAGUGAGUAAAACAUUUUUUCAAAUGUUAUCCUUGGCAAGUGCUGGUUGUGUUGAACUGAAACAAGAAGACCCGUUUGGCCCAAUAAGUAUAUCAGGCAAUGCCGCCUUGUAUGAAAAAUUUAUUCCAGCUUAA